UCUGUGUGACUGUCUUUUAAAUAAUAUAGAUCGCAGUUUACCGAAUACAUUAAUUGAUACGCGUAACUAUUUGAAUGAAAUAUGAACAUAGUUAUUAUUGUUAUAAUAACAACUAUAUUAAAAACAAUUUCAUACUGUUGUUUUGGUUCGGAUUUACUUGUUAAAACUGUAGAGGAACUCGGAUUGGAUUAUGAAGACGAAAAAAAUUUUAUGAUAGCUAAGUCUGAAAAGGAUGAAGAUUAUUAUGAGGAUUUUUACUAUGAAAUGGAUAGUCAUACAAAACUUGAUAAUUCAAUGGAUAUGAUUUUCUUUGGACCAUCAUUGUCGUUUUUGCGCUUAGACUCGGAAACAAUUUUACACAUAAUAUCUCACACAAAAAAACAAUUAAUACCAAUAUCUAAAACUUUAUUAGCCUGGGAUGUAGUAACUGAUGGGAAAACAGCAGCAUUUUUACAAGGAAGAGAAUAUUUAGCGUUUGGAAGUUUACUCAAUUUUAUUCCAGAAGAGGAUUUGUACUUCGCAAAUUUUGGAGACCCAUCUGUUUUCAAGUUCUUUUCAAAGCAUUCGGUUCAUAUAAAUGCCAGGAAGUUUGGGAUUCUCGUUGCUGCUUAUAGAAGAUAUUUUGGAAACAUUUGGUAUCAAAAUGGAUCACACAUUAAUGAGCUUGGUUACUUGUUAUGCGGAUUCCCGGUUUUCGAAUUGGCUAUGAUAUCACCAGAAACAUUCUUGGAUUUAACAAAUGAUGUCCUUGGGAAAUUACAAAGAUGUAGCUUAACACAAACAAAGGCUCUUUAUGACAUUGCGACACAUCCGGAUGCAUAUAAUAAACCGUACAAAUGGUCUUCACAUGAACUUAGCCGACUUGGCGCACUUUUUAUUUGUAUACCAAAACAUGAAAUUAGCUCAAUCAAACUUGAAGCGAUAACAGCUAUAACUCCCGGUGUGAUGAAACUCAUGAAUCAAAAAAAGUUAGAAUAUUUCACUCAGCCACAAAUAUUACGAAUGCAACCAAAAACACGAAGAAUUUAUAUUUUAAGAAUGCAAUUACGAUCUAGUUUAGAUACUAGUCAAAUAACCAAACGAAAUGGUGGUGAAAUAAACAAAUUUACAAUUUUAUCAUUUUAUAUUGUAGGCAUAUUCUAUUCUAAAUGAUAGUUUUUAUUUUAUUGUAUAUUGACUAAGUUGUAUUUUAAGCAAUUCUAUAAGCUAUAUAUUAAAAUAAAUUUACAGAAAUGA